GAGCGAGCGAGCGGGCGCCGGGGAGGGGGCCGGGAGCGAGGGGCAGCUCGGGAGCAGCCGGAGCGGUAGCGGCAGCGGCGGCGGCGGCGAGGCUCGGCGCCCUCUUCUCUGCAAACCAUGUUUGCCAAAGGCAAAGGCUCGGCGGUGCCCUCGGACGGGCAGGCUCGGGAAAAGUUAGCUUUAUACGUCUACGAAUAUUUACUGCACGUAGGAGCACAGAAAUCCGCACAGACCUUCUUGUCAGAGAUUCGAUGGGAAAAAAACAUCACGUUGGGCGAACCACCUGGGUUUUUGCAUUCGUGGUGGUGCGUAUUUUGGGACCUUUACUGUGCAGCUCCUGAAAGGCGAGACACUUGUGAACAUUCAAGUGAAGCAAAAGCCUUUCAUGAUUACAGUGCAGCAGCAGCCCCAAGCCCAGUGCUUGGCAACAUUCCCCCCAAUGAUGGGAUGCCUGGAGGCCCCAUCCCGCCGGGUUUCUUUCAGGGUCCUCCGGGGUCACAGCCCUCGCCGCACGCACAGCCUCCACCCCACAAUCCCAGCAGCAUGAUGGGACCCCACAGUCAGCCUUUUAUGUCACCGCGAUACGCAGGCGGCCCCAGGCCCCCGAUCAGAAUGGGAAACCAGCCUCCGGGAGGAGUUCCUGGGACACAGCCACUGCUGCCCAAUUCCAUGGACCCCACACGACAACAAGGGCACCCCAACAUGGGAGGAUCAAUGCAGAGAAUGAACCCUCCCCGAGGCAUGGGACCGAUGGGUCCCGGCCCGCAGAAUUACGGCAGCGGCAUGAGACCACCGCCCAACUCCCUCGGCCCCGCCAUGCCCGGGAUUAACAUGGGCCCGGGAGCUGGCAGACCCUGGCCCAAUCCUAACAGUGCUAACUCAAUUCCGUACUCCUCCUCAUCACCCGGUACCUACGUGGGACCUCCUGGCGGUGGUGGCCCCCCAGGAACACCCAUCAUGCCUAGUCCUGCAGAUUCAACGAAUUCCAGUGACAACAUCUACACAAUGAUUAAUCCGGUGCCGCCUGGAGGCAGCCGGUCCAACUUCCCGAUGGGUCCGGGCUCCGACGGCCCGAUGGGAGGCAUGGGCGGCAUGGAGCCACACCACAUGAACGGAUCCUUAGGGUCAGGUGACAUAGAUGGACUUCCAAAAAAUUCUCCUAACAACAUAAGUGGCAUUAGCAAUCCUCCAGGCACCCCGCGAGACGACGGCGAGCUGGGAGGGAACUUCCUCCACUCCUUCCAGAACGACAAUUAUUCUCCAAGCAUGACGAUGAGUGUGUGACCCCUCCUCUCUCCAAGAUGCUGAGAGCCGGCAUGGCAGGCGGGAAGAUGCCAGAAAUUAUGCAAGAAGAAGUGAGGUGUCAUUGCCCAGGAGCUGGGGGAGGGGCACCUCUGCUCCCCCUCCACCCUGCCCUCUCCACUCCCCCACCUUUCCCAAUUUUAGUUUCAUGCAAUAAAAAGGCCGAACUUUUUAUUCCAUAAAACAUGAAGGACAAAACUCAAAAAUAUAUUUCAAGUCAUUGACCAGAAAAGUCCCACCCCUUGCCCUUUCCCAAGAGGAUCUUUUAUGUACAUGACACUUUUUUGUUGUCUUUUGUUUGGGUUUUACCAUUGUUGGGAUUUUUUAUUUGUUUUCCGGGGGUGGGGUUGGGGGGGCAAUUUUUAAAAAAGGAAGCUUCUAGCAAACCCCCACCCCAUUUCACCCCAACCAACCUCUUUGCUUUCUUUUAAAAAAAAAAAAAGGAAAAAGGACAAAAAACCCCCACCAAGCCCUGCUGCCUGUACCCAAGCCCUUCCACCGGAGAGCUAGUCUCAGUGUGCGAUCUCACGCUGUCUUUGUAGCCACCUAAAAAUAAUAAUAAUGAUAAUGAUAAUAAUAAACUGGGCCGUUUACAAUCAUGGUUUCUUUCAAAGGGCCUUUUUUGGAAAGCAAAAGGAAGUCACCCUUUUCCAUUAGAGGUUUUUGGCUUGUGCAGAUGGGCACGGGAGGGGCGGGGACUAUUUUGUUUUGUUUUUUUGCUUAGUUUCUCCUGGGCAAGGUGGCAACAGCAGCUGCACAACUUGGACCCCAGAAUGUCCCCCGCCCCACUGUGUGGCCGGAGGGCCCGGCCACCUGAUUUCAGGCUUUCAGGACUCCACCAGGCGGAGACUCACUCGCUGCAGCCCCCUCCUCAGCCCCACCCCCGUCUCCCCAGCGAGAAGCCUGCCGCCGGGUGGUGGUCUGCAGAGACUGGGGAGCCCACCCCUGACAGGAUGGCUGUGACUGGGACAUGGAAACGGUGACCUCCGUCCUCGUCCCCUGGCCCUCGCGUCCUCGGUGUGUGCUGGCAGCGUAGCGCUGGAGUUUGGGGUGGGGUUUUUUCUUUUUUUUCUUUUUUUUUUUUUUUCUGUUGAUUCUUCCUCCUUUUUCAAAAAUGGGAUAUUGACCAGAACUGCUCUGCACAUGCUUGGAACUGAAUGGAGGACAGACUUUGGAAUAGCUGCGGGGGUGGGGGGACGCCAGCCACCAAACCGACGCGCUGUUUCCGGUCCUGUUUUUAUUUUCAAAAACCGACACGCGCGACCGUGGAGCCUGUCCCCUCCCAGGAGGGGUGACUCGGCCUCCCUCACCUCAGCACCCCGUGGACACCUCUGUGUCUCGCCCCGGAGACACCCGGAUUCUUUGUACAGUUACUCCCCGCCCCUCCCCGUAGCUGGUCUUUGUUUCUCCCCUUCUGAUCCAUGUAUAUCAUAUUAUGUGAGAUAUCAUCUGCCUGAAAAGAGACCUUGUGCGGAUUAUUGGGACAUUGUAGCUGUUUCUGUGUUUUUUCUUACUUUGUAGUCUGGUUCUGAAUUAAGAGAGGAAAAAAAAAAAAGUAAUUAUGAUACAUUGUAGUUUGUGUACGAUAUAUGUUGAUAACGUUUUAUUAAAGGGACAUCUUUUUUCCGCA